AUGAACGAAGAAGAGGACCCCCCAUUGCACCGGCUGCACCGGCUCCUGCUGCAUUCGAGCGAGUCUGAGGAGUGGAUCGCCGAGUUCAUCAAGGCACGCGGACUGGCAGGCCUCUUCGACGUCCACGAGAACCUCUUCUGGCGCCUGUACUACAACGACUCAAAGGGAGGCAAGCGAGUGGAGGAGCGUACAACCGACGACGCGGAGACGUUCCUUGCCUGCACGGCCUGCUUUCUCCCCAUUUUCAGUAGCCAGGCCGGGAUCAAUGCAGUCGCGAAGGGGAACAGAAGCGAGGUGCAGGAGCAAGUCGAGCAGCUCAUGCUGUCGCUGGCGAGCAAAGAGCAGGAGGCGCGGGAGAAGGCACUGUGGGCCGUCAUCAAAAUCGUGGGCACCAUCUCACCCACCGACCAGCGCAGUCGCGCGCGAUUGACGGAGAUGGCACACACACUGUGGGACGGCCUCGGGUCGCUUCAAAUCCUGCUCGAAGAGAAGAACAUCUACGCCCCGCUGGUUAACCUCGUCCGCGAGGCGCGCGGUCCGCGAGCGCUGGCGCUGGUGGGCCACGUGUUGGCUCUUAUUACACUCGCACUGGACGGUCUCUACCCGGAGAUCGUCUCCUACGAGCACAUCUACUCUCGUAACAAGCUCCGCAACGGAUUCUUCAGCGCCGGACUUACCCUCGCCAUGGAGAAGCAAGCCCUACAGAGCCAGGCAUCGGCCGACUCAGACGCCCUGGCGAUCUACGCGGCGGCGCUCAAGAAGUGGAAUUACGGCAAGGCGCGGGACGAGAAGUAUUCGGUGGCCUUGAGCAGGCAAAAGCCCAAGAGCGCCAUUUCUUCUGGCGAUCUCAACACGCUACUGCGAAUCGGCGCUUGA